AUGUCUUGCAGCGACGAUUGUUUGUGCAUCAAACGUGGCAUCGAUUACUAUGGAGUGUUAUCGCUAAAAAAAAACUGUUCCGAUUCAGAGAUCAAGAAAGCAUUUCGCCGUUUGGCGAUACGAUACAAUCCUGAAAAAGCAAAGGAUGAAUGUUUGAGGACGAUUUUCGCGUUAGCAGCUGAAGCUUACGAUGUACUAUCUGAUCCUCUUAGGAGGGCUAUAUACGAUCAGUUUGGCGAAGAAGGGCUUAAAAAUGGCGUGCCUGGCGCGGAUGGAAUCAUUGAACCCUAUAUUUACCACGGGGAACCCAUGAGAACUUACAGGGAAUUCUUCGGAACCGAGAGUCCUUAUGCUGAUCUACUUCAAAUAGUAUUGCAGCCUCCGUCUGUGCUGGAAUUUCCCGAGGGACGGGGAUUAAAACGCAAGGAGGAGCCUCUGAUAAAAACCUUGUACCUAACCCUACCGGAGAUCUUUUACGGAGGAAUUAAAAAAAUGAAAAUACAAAGAUUGGUCUUGGUGGACGACGAUUUAUCUCGAACAGUAACGAAAGAAAAGAUUCUAACGAUACCUAUUAAACCGGGUAUUCCGGUAGGAACGAGAAUUAUUUUUCCAAACGAAGGCGACCAGGGACCUACGAAGAUUCCUGCGGAUGUAAUCUUCAUCACGGAGGACCGGCCCCACGAGACCUUCCGAAGAGAGGGCUCUGACUUGCACAUGACGGUCGAUAUCUUUCUGCGAGAGGCACUGAGCGGAACAGUGGUCACCGUCAACACCCUUGACGACAGAACCCUUCGAAUCCCAAUAACGUCUGUCAUCACACCUGAUUAUCGGAAGUGCAUACUUGGCGAAGGACUGCCGUUACCAGAAACUCCAAAAGAAAAAGGAAAUCUCAUCAUAACGUUCAACAUCGAAUUCCCGGUAUACUUGCCUGCAACGAGUAAAAAUCACAUUCGAAGAGCAUUUGAUGUUUCGGAUGAUAGCAGUGAUGCGAAAUACAUUCAUCGUCUCGUAUUGGUAAACAAAAUUCGCAAAAACGUAGAUUUCGAUGUUCCGAUACGUCGAAACCCCGACGACCAUGAAGCAAAAGAGUUACAACUUAUAUGUAAUUCUUAA